CAGUCAUUCGAUUGAGAACUAAGCAACAGUGAAGUGGUGUAGUGUAGUACAAGACAUUGAAAGUGUUUCACAAGAAGGUGUAUUCAAAUAAUAUAUGAUGCGGUGGUGUGCAAUAUCGUGCAUUUUUAUUAUUACUAUAGCAACAUCUACAGCAGAUUGGUCAUGGAGCGAAAAGAAAACAGACGCUGUACAAGAAGUCACAACUACGUCAACGGAAUUAUUGGAAGGCGAACAAUUAAACGAAGCGCAGAAGAAAAGCACUGAUUCUGAAGUGACUGUUCUAGAUGAUAUUGUAGAUGAGCUCGUCAGCAACAAGCAAGGAAGAAGCUUAGGCGGAUUCGAUGACGUCUAUACCGAUCCAACAAUUAAAGAAGCCCUCGAUUCCGGUGAUGAUACUGAAGCUAGAAACUUAAUUAAAGGACGACUUUGUACUCUUGGUCUGAUACAAUGCGAAGAGGACGAUACGCAAGAAAAGCGGACUUAUGUAUCUCCUGACGAACUUAUCUAUGCACAACCAGUUGAUAUCAAACCAGUGGGAAGACCAGUAGCUUCAAUCGCAGUACGGGGGCCUCCAAGGGCAUAUGGACCACCAAAGCCAAUGCCAUACCCACCGCGACCACAAAAAAAUCCACACAAGCGUCCAGUAUAUGGCAGUAAUGGUCGUCCUGGAUUUUCAGAAAAAUAUGGAGUAGCAAGUAAUAGCUACCAAUUUUCUCAAAAUAGCGGAACCUUUGGGCAGGACGUUAACUAUGUUACCAAGCCACCUUACGCGAAUGAUAACCCUUAUUUAUUUGAAGGUCCCAAACCCACGUAUAACAAGGUACCAACCUCAUUGCAGACUAAUACAAAAACUGAUGUAGUUCAGCAACAUGUCCAUCAUCACUAUGUUCAUGAUGCUGACAAGGAUCCCAAAGUAAUUAUAAAGCCAGUCGCUAUUCCUGUUGGAUCAGUGGGACAUCUUGGAUCUCAAAUACACAAUCAAGCUUCAACUGAUAUCAUAACAGCUUCAGGGGCCGAUUUUAGUGCAGUAAAUUCCGGUGGUUUCAGACCUAUGAGUGGUAAUUUCCAACAAGCUAAACCAGUAUAUGAAUCAGAUACCAUUUAUGGAUCCCAAUAUGGGCACAGUAAUAAUAAUAAAGGAAACGCCAACCUACUGACGCAGAAUCUGCCACAUUAUUCAAACAAUGCGUAUGAAGAUCAAAAAUUCAGCAACUCUUUGGGCGCCUACGGCUCCCAAAACAAUGAGUUUUACAAAAAAGAACUCCAAGUCGAAUCUAAUGGCAACUUAUUCAAUCAAGGCCCUGCAACAUUUGGUCAACUCAACAAUUAUCAAGAAAACUACCAUUCAGGAAAAGCCCAAGGAUUUGAAUGUGUGUGUGUAAAUUAUGAUCAAUGUCCGAGUCAAGAAAUUAUUGGACGUAGAGACGACUUAUAUUUACCAAUUGAUCCUCGAAACAAGGGUAGCGAUAUUUUAGCGGAUGAACAAACCGAUUAUACAAAUUCCACAACUGAAGCAAAUGUGACAGAAACAAUUCAAAAUGUAACAGAAAUCAAGAAAGUCAGCAAACGGGAAGCUAAGGAGAAAAAUGAUGAAGUGACAAAAGAAAUCGAGCCACGCCUCCUUGGACACGGUGGCUUUGGUGGCAAUGAUGGUAAUAACAACAAACAAGUGCAGCCCACGUUUGGUGUCUCUUUUGGAUUGCCCCAGCCUUCCCACAGUUAUCCAGUGAAUCCUUUUAAUCCAAAUCCUCUACAGAAUCCUUAUGGACCAGCAUUGAAUAGCGGUGGUAUAAACCUAGGUUUACUUUCUGUAAAUCCAUUAUUGGCUGUUCAAGUUACAAAAAAUGACUAUGGCGAAAAAAUUGUAAAGCCGUUCGUAAAUUUGCAUGUUACACCGAACGAACAUGUUGUUAACAAACUUGGCCAUUUGUUUCACGAAAAAAAGUUAUACCUUCUAAACAAACAUGAACAUUAUCAUCAUUACAAUCCCCAUUCGUAUCAUCAUGGUCCAUACCCGCCGUACUAUCGACCUUCUCCGCAAUACCAAAAUUACUAUAAUAGCCCGCACUAUAAUCAGCCAAUAUAUUCUCCACAUUAUUCUCACUAUCCAAUAUCUAGCCACUAUAGAGAAAACUCAAUCACAUCACCUCCAGAAUCCCUUCCUGGUGCAAAUGACUAUGAUGACGACGAACCUGAGAAUUUCAAUGAUGAAUACGAUCAGGGUCAUUACGGUUUAGAAAGAUCUGCAAAUAUAAGUAACCCAAUAAAUCAAAAUAUUUAUGCCAACCGUUACGCUUUUUCUCGGUCCCUUAAAGCUCCUUCUCCCCUUCCUUAUAAUGGGGCAAGCCGCGGAGGUCAGUCAUUCCGGUUUCCUGAAAAUCGAAAGCGAAGAGAGGUUACCCAAGAAAGUAAACUUGAAACAAUUCAAGAGCGACAAGGAUACUUCGGUCACAAUCAAAUUCAACAAUGUGGCAACACUCAAGUAUGCUGUCGUCGUCCCCUUCGCCCCCAAGCUUCUAAUCGUGGGCAGUGCGGAAUACGGCAUUCUCAAGGAAUUAAUGGCCGAAUCAAAACUCCAUCUUACGUCGAUGGCGACAGUGAAUUCGGAGAGUAUCCUUGGCAAGCGGCCAUUCUGAAGAAAGAUCCCAAAGAGUCAGUAUAUGUUUGCGGUGGUACAUUAAUCGAUGGACUGCACAUCAUGACAGCAGCGCAUUGCAUAAAAUCAUACAAAGGAUUUGAGUUACGAGUACGAUUAGGGGAAUGGGAUGUGAAUCAUGACGUCGAAUUCUUCCCGUACAUAGAAAGAGACGUGUUAUCGGUACAUGUUCACCCUCUAUACUACGCCGGUACAUUGGACAAUGACCUAGCAAUUUUAAAACUUGAGCACCCGGUAGACUGGACUAAAUAUCCACACAUAAGCCCUGCAUGUCUGCCUGACAAAUAUACUGAUUACUCCGGUCAAAGAUGCUGGACUACUGGCUGGGGCAAAGACGCCUUUGGUAUGAAUGGAAAAUACCAGAACAUUUUGAAAGAAGUUGACGUUCCUGUCCUUCCACAUGGCCUUUGCCAACAGCAACUGAGACAAACCAGAUUGGGCUACAAUUACGAGUUGAACCCAGGCUUUCUAUGCGCCGGUGGAGAAGAAGGCAAGGAUGCUUGCAAGGGUGAUGGUGGUGGUCCACUUGUUUGUGAACGUGGAGGAACAUGGCAGUUAGUAGGAGUGGUUUCUUGGGGUAUUGGCUGUGGUGAAGCGGGAGUCCCGGGUGUUUACGUUAAAGUUGCUCAUUACCUGGACUGGAUCUCACAAAUUACUGGAAAGUUCUCUCAUUUUUAGACCACAGAGUACAAAAGGUGCUCGAAUUUUUGAGUCUUAGGAAUAUGACUAUUUAAUAAUUUAAAUAUUAGCGUAUGCCUAGAAAGUAAUUGAACUUAAUUUAUUUCAAUUCUUUGGAUGGUAAUAUCCAGAGCAUAUAAGUAAAUGCUUGUGCAAUCGUUUUUUACUUUAUUUAUAAUAAAAAAUAUACAACAAAUAA